GAGGCCUCUUGCUAGCCACUGUGUUCCUUGUGUAGUUGUAGUGACCGGAGUUGAAGUUGUAGUGUUUGAUUCUCUUCUAAGAAUUAUCAUGAUGAGUGUGUGAAGACGAAAACGGGGAGCAAAGUAGCGAAAAAAGUAGCUAAAGGUGGUCGUGUCCUAAAUGAAGAAAAGAGCAAAUGAAUAAAGGAACGUAAGCCCUAGUUUUUGGUCCUCUGCAAUGCUUGUACCAAGGAGUAAUCCGGACUUUCAACAAUCUGUGAGAGUCAUGCGAUAGAAGCAAACGAAAUAAUCCUAGGUAUACUUCUUACUUUCACAUCUUUCAACUUCAUUAAUACAUCACAGUACAACCUUAGUGGUCUAGUCCUCUCUCAGAAGAAAGAACAUGGCACGAGUGGGUGAUAAAGUCGUCACGCAGCUGUAUCAGGCUGCGCUGGAUACGGAGGAGCAACUUGAUGACGAAAUCGAUCGCCUCAGCAAGCUAAAGGAGGACGAUCUGGAAGAAAUUAGAAGGAAGCGAUUGGAGGUAAGCGUGACUCGUAGUUGUACUAGGUAGAUGUUAGUAGUUGUAGAUGAUUUUCAUCUUAAUUUUUGUUGAGUAUUAGAUUCUACCUGUAAUCUGCACCGUCAAGGAGAAUGACAUUCAUCAAAACCAAUUAUCCACAGGCAAUGAAGGAUCAGCACCGAAAGGCGCAAAGUGCUAUCCGUGCUGGUUGCGGGAAAUACGACGAGCUCAAAGACGAAAAGGAGUUUUUCCAAGCUGCCAAGGACAAUCCUCGAAUGGCAUGCGUCUUUUUUCGGGAAGGCAACUAUAAUUUAUGAAAUGUUUUUUCCUUUCCCCCAACCCCAAGAAGUCCCCAAGAGCCCCAAGAAGACCAAUUCCAAAACACUCCUUGUAAAACGACUUCCAUGAAGACCACCUACGCCCCAAGCCUCUUUCAUCUCCUUCCGACGUGAUGACAAAGCAUUUCGAGACACUGUGUCGGCGAUACGUGACAACACGUUUUUGUCGAAUCAAUGCAGAGAAAAGCCAAUUUCUCUCGGAAAAGCUCCAUAUCUGGAUGUUGCCGAGUAUCGUUUUGGUCAAAGAUGGCAAAACGGAAUACACUUAAGCCUGGAUGGCUGGAUGUGGACUAAGUCCUACUAUUCACAUCAAAAGAAGUAUUGUUACAGACAUCGAUCUUGUCUUCUAUCGUCUCCAUCAUGUUACUAGCGAACUAAAUGGUAAAUAAAUGGUAGCUUUAGCUUUAGUAUUACUAGUUCACCACGACUUGUUCUACGUAUCACUCGUUCACCACUUGUUCUACUAGGAUGCUCUAAUGAAAUAUUCGCGGCUUCGACGAACUAGGAGGCAUGGACUUCUCAACCGAACGCCUUGAAUCGAUUCUGAGCUACCGCGAAAUCAUUCCGGAACUAAACUAGUCCUGGGGGCUAGUUGUUGAUAUUGAUCGAUCAUUAUAGAUAGGGGCGGAUGGAGGGAAAGGAUGAAAACCGAUUCACUCAAGAAUAUUGGACCACAACGAAAAGUUUGAGUUAGAUGCAACAAGCCAUCAUCAAUCAGGAGGAGUAUGACGACGGUUGUAGUGGUAGGAAAUAUUUUUUUUUUUUGGGUUUAUUUUUGAUUAGAAUUCAAUCCUGCCAAAGUGUAGUGGGAACGUUGAACUUAGUUUUGCUGGAUGAACUAUAUUCUUUGUCGCAUUGUACUUCUGCGUAAGCACAACUUCCAUCAAUCGUUCUCUUGCAUGACAACUAUAACUGUAAGAUGGUGUUUCUUGACUGUUGGAAAAAAAACUGAACCUAAAGAAAGGUCCAAAAGGAGGAAUGCGGAUUCAUUCGGUAC